CUGCAAACGCCAAUAAUAAACAUAUUCAUGUAAUACUUCUAAGGUAUGAUACAACUAGAUACUAGAGGGAUACUUUUUUGCACAUGUGGGUCCUUUUCUGAUUUCAUUCAAGUGAAAAUGCCAGCAGGUGUGGCCGCACACUCACUCACUCUCACACACACACACACACGCACACACUCAUAUGACUCAUCUCGUCCAAACUAAAGCACUUUGUCAGUGAAAAGGGGGGUGGUAACGCGCAGACUCAAUGUGGCUCGACUUGUAGUGAGGUAGGUGGGCUCUAUAUAUAUAUAUAAGUCCACUCUGUAUCUUGUCUUGAAGUAACUAUAUGCACUUGGUUCGACUUAAAAAAAAAGAAGAAGGGAGGACAGCAUCUUCACAAAAAAUACACCUGGAAACCCACAUCGCUGCAUUUGGACCUCCUAAGCACUGAAGAUUCUUGUUCACAUCCUGACAUGAAGCUCAAUUUCUUUGGUACCAUUGUGAUUCUGCUCGUUGCCUUCCUACCGCGCUACGAAUGUCGGGCUGUUGAGAGCCCCGGCGGAGUUCUGCGCAUCCCCGCUGCCCAAAGCCCGAACUCCCAGCAGGAGCAGCAGCAGCAGCACAGGUCGCCCUCGGGUCCCAUCCUGGAGCGCCUCGGUGAGGAGUACUUCAUCCGUCUGGGCAACGGGGACUCAAACUCUUUCCCCCCCUCGUCCAUGUACCCCCUCGGCGCCGGUGGCCUCCUUAACAGGGCGCUGCAGCUCCAGCUCACUCGGCGGCUUUUGCAAGGCAAAGUUGGCAACAUACGGGCGCUCAUCGGCGGCUUCCCGGACCGCAAAGAUGACGACUUCGACGACUCCGUGGAACGGGGACGCAGGUCCGAGGACCCGCCCAUCUCCCUGGACCUGACCUUCCACCUGCUGCGGGAGAUGAUGGAGAUGUCCAAGGCGGAACAGAUGGCGCAGCAAGCCCAAAACAACAGAAGAAUGAUGGAGCUCUUCGGGAAGUGAGGACCAAAGACCCUUCCACCCUUAAAUCCCUUUUAUUUAGUUAUGAUAUUAGAUUAUGAUUUUUUUGCAUUUGUACCAUCAGCACAAAACCAUGCUCUGUACAAUAUCGUGCUGCUUUAUCACUCUAUUAUUUAUAGCUUUGACCUCAAAUUAGAACAUGGAGGGACUUAAAAACUAUCCGAUUGUACCUUGCCAUGUUUGAAAAUUAUAAAUAUAUUGACAACUUUUGGUUCAAUAUGACAUUAUGAUGCAUCCUUGGAAAAAAUGUUGCUUUUCUUCGCUGUAUUUAUGACAUUUAUGUUUGUUAAUAAACUGAUGUGCAAGCAGUCA